AUGAAUCGCGAUUACUACAGAGCGAUGUACAACUCGAACCGUCCAGACUCGCGUGAUAUUCUCGAUAACGAAACGGAGUUCAACGCGAACCAGUUCAAACUGUACGACGAUUUCACGACAGACCUGCGCAUAAACUUUAACUCGAUAAGGAAUUUCCACGAGGUCAUGAGGAACGAGAAACGAAGGACGGACCCGAACGACUCUGGAGUCGAUCUAGAGAACGGGAACGAUGUUGCCACGACCGACCGCGACCUGUUGGAGAACGAAGUUAUGGUAGACCCGUGGAGCAGCAUGGACUCAUCCAACUCGCCAUUGACUGAUUCCGGACCAUCCGCUAGUGACGACUGCACACCCUCUACCUCCAGUGAAGCAAGAAAACCAUCAAAUGCCUCGUCGCCUGUAUCGACGGACGCGCGCCGCAAUCAGGACUCCGAAGACACGCAUACUGUCAAUCAGACCGAACGAAGAAACGCAGACAAGGCGCGCGCCAGAGAUUUCACAUUAGAUUUGGACACGUUAGAGCCAGAUGCCAUCCCACGCAGGUCAAACUUUCUCGACGAGGACUUCCAAUUGCAUUCGAAGACUAACCUCGAAUGCCGAAUUCCAAAGCCACACUUCCUUGAUCAUUCGCCUUCGCCAGAUGAAUUCGACGAACGCAGCGACAUCACCAAUCCGAAUUUCCUCGAAGAUGACGACGUCGAUGACAAUCAAGCGCAGAAGAAAGGAGCACUUCCAAAGAGGCAAAGUAAACCGCAAUCCUCGUACACGCAAGAAGAUAGGCCGCAUAGAACCAGUUAUAGAAGCACUCUACACUACGGACUGGAGAGCGUGGCCCGAUCGAGCGAACGCCACAAACGCGCUUCCCAACUUUACACGGGGACCUGGCCGGGAGAACGCGACGUCUGGACAGGUCAUGACACUUCCAGCGUUCGCAGUUUUUCGAGUAACGGAUCCAGCGACUGUCCGCGGCCUUCAUCAAAUCUAGAAAACAAAAUGGAGUGCGUGUGCUCAUUAAUUUCACUUCUUAGUCUGUCGCCAGAAAACAACGCAGACUUAAGUGGGCCGCUGUUGGAUAUGAGCAGGUCCGUAGAGAGCUGUAUAGCGAUGCGACAGGCCGGUUGUAUACCUCUGUUAGUUCAAUUGAUCCAUUCCAAAGUUGCAAGAGAAACGAGGGACCGCGCGGCCAAAGCGCUUAGAAACAUUAUUCACACGCAGACUGACGAUAAAGCGGGAAGGCGUGAAGCGCGAGUGUGGAGAUUGUUAGAACAAGUCAGAGAGUACUGCUAUGCGCUGGAAGAUAUAGUGGAAGCGAGAAAAGACGGCAAAGAGGUAGUGGAAGACGAUACAACGAAACACCCUAGUCAAAGUGUCGCCGCUCUGAUGAAAUUAUCGUUCGACGAAGAGCACAGGCACGUCGUGUGCCAGUUGGGCGGUCUCCAGGCCUUGGCGGCGUUAGUGAGCGGCGAUCAAGCAGCUCACGGAAGCAGAACCGAUGACAGUACGUGUCUGACAAUGAGGAAGUACGCAGGAAUGACGUUGACCAAUUUAACUUUCGGCGACGGAAACAAUAAGUCAUUAUUGUGCUCAUUCAAAGAAUUCAUGAUGGCUCUGGUCGAACAACUCGAGUCGCCUAAUGAUGACAUGCGACAGGUUACGGCGGCUGUCUUAAGAAACCUAUCGUGGCGCGCAGAUACGAACAGUAAGCAAGUUCUAAGGGAAGUCGGCGCAGUGAAAGGUCUCACCAAAGCAGCUAUGACCUGUCAAAAAGAAGCUACACUCAAGUCUGUACUCUCCGCUCUAUGGAACCUGACAGCACAUUGUUCCAUGAAUAAGGUUGCUCUAUGCUCUGUCGAUGGAGCCCUAGGCUUCCUGGUUGAUAUGCUUAGUUACAACUCCCCCACUAAGACCUUAGCGAUCGUCGAGAACGCAGGCGGCAUCAUGCGCAAUGUGUCCAGUCACAUCGCCGUCCGAGAAGAUUACAGGCAAAUUCUCCGCGAGAGAAAUUGUUUAAGUGUCCUCCUUCAACACCUGAAAUCUCCGAGCCUGACCGUUGUUAGCAACUCAUGUGGUACUCUGUGGAAUUUGUCUGCGAGAUGCCCGCAUGACCAACAGUUUCUCUGGGACCAUGGAGCGGUGCCCAUGCUGAGAAGCCUUAUACAUUCUAAACAUAAAAUGAUAGCGAUGGGAUCGAGUGCUGCCCUGAAAAACCUAUUGAACUCCAAACCUGGUAAAACUCAUAUCAUUUCCUUGGAUACGACGGCGAGAAAUAUGAACUUACCUGCCCUUCCCACUCUCGGUGCUAGAAAACAAAAGGCGCUAGAACAGGAAUUAGACCAAAACCUAGCAGAGACUUGCGAUAACAUCGAACCGGCAACAUCUCCUUCAACGAGUAAUAGGGAAGAGAAGAACCUGUUUGUCGCGACAGAGAGACAAAUAGCUAUGAAUCUGGAGAGACACAGGAUGACAUCUAGUUCUCCAUUAAUGGGUACGCUGGCCUCACAGAUAUCACUAAGCCAUAGUGCACAUCUAGCUAGCUAUUUAAGUUGCAGUAACACACUGCUCAAAGGUGCUUUAAUAUCUCGUUCCACAGGUGGAAGUUCCAACAACGUGAAUAGAUCGGACAGCAAAGAUUCUGUCACAAGCACGCAUUCGGAUUCAGUGUUCGAAAAAGUAAUGCGAACGGGCAAAGUGCCCGUGCCGACGCCCAGGAAUAAAGAUCUCAUGAAAAUAGAAAGCGCUGAGGGAAUGAAAGAUUCAACGACGUUGCCAAAGAAUCCCGCAUUCCUGAGGUAUUCCAGCCAACCGCCCAUUCCGCCUCCACGCAGCUCGACAGACAUGAGAACUAACUAUACAGAAUCUGGUUAUGACGUCGACCAGGAUUCUUGCGACCAGCCAAUAGAUUUCAGUAGAAAGUACUCGGAGACAAAAGCGAAUUACUCCGAGCCUGUCGACAAAGCGAAGCUAGAGGGCAAGAAGUACUCCAAAAAGGUUUCCACGUUCGGCGAUUAUCAGGAAACGGACUUGGAUCAACCCACGGAUUACUCACUUCGAUACGCUGAACACCAAUCUGAAACGGGUUCGGAUAUUUCUGAACCCCCAGGACCUUCGAUCAACGAGGACACGAUAAAACACUUUGCGACUGAAGGUACUCCAUAUGAGACCCCCAUCAUAUUUUCGACGGCGACAUCUAUGUCAGACUUGCGCGUUAUAGGCAAAGAGGGAAAACCCAAAACUUCAAGUGUGAAAGAGAAUCCAGAAGUCAUGACACAUUCGGACGAGAAAGAUACUUGCUCGAUAGAAGACCCUCCAAGACACGACAACGAUAUCGCAAUAUCAACACCGCAAACAGAACCGGUCGUGAAGAACAGAGAGAUAUUCGACACCAAGUUCAGUUCGGGAAUGAUAAGCCCAGAAAAACCAGUGAACUACUGUGAUGAGGGAACCCCAGGAUAUUUCUCGAGGGUCAGCUCGCUUAGUAGUUUAGGAGAGCCCACAGAAGAAGACUGUUUAGCUAAGAAAAACGCUCAAGCCACUAUUAAUGUGGAUCAAAGUUUACAAGAGGAGAGCACUAGCAGCAGUAAAGAUAAAGAAGGUCUAAAGGCGGUGACGUUUGCGUCGGAGCCAGUGGAAGUGCAGCAGGCGUCUGGAAUGACGUCAGCUCGUACGUCCUCACCACAACGCUUCAUAGAGGACACGCCUCUCAUGUUCUCCAGGACUAGUUCCCUCGGUUCAUUACCGGACUGUGAACAACAGGACGAUCAUGGCUCAGUCGUUUCUGAAGUUAGCCGCUUAACAUCGGGAUGUAUAUCGCCAAGCGAAAUCCCAGACUCACCAGGGCAGAGUAUGCCGCUCUCUCCCCGUUCGCGUCACAGAAUGCAGGAACCCGCAACCGAGCCCGCUACACCUCCACUUCCCGAAGACCGUGUGGCUUCAGUAUUCGACGAGCGAGUCUCCCAGUUCGUUGUGGAGAACACUCCUGCGCACUUCUCGCGGAACACGAGCCUCUCUAGUCUCACCAUCAACGACGAGCCCAAGUCGUCGUUAUUGGCUGAGACUUCACAUCAAGACGCCGACACAUCAGCAGAAAACGUAGUGGAGGAUGAAAUCGACAAUGACGGAGAUCCACAACCUUUGCCGAAUUUCUGUGUUCAAAGGCGUAUUAGAGGUAAUCAGACACCCGGUGACUCAUGCCAAGUGUACUACACAGAAGACACACCGGCCAUUUUGUCCAAAGCGGGAAGUAACUCCAACCUCUCCGCUUUGUCCAUCGACUCCUCGGCGUUAGGACUCCGCCCCGCCGACACCUCCGACAGUUCCAACUUGAGCGACGCCGGAGAUCUUCUAGAAGAAUGUAUUCAGAAGGGCAUCGCCCAGGUUGUAAAGAACAAAGGUCCACCAUCAGACGUUUCACCAGUAAAUCAACACUGCUCCAGAGAUGAUGUCUAUAGAUCUUUGCCGUCACACUUGCGUUCGUCUACGGAAACGGUCAUGGUGUCACACGACCUAUCCAGGGGAAUGCGCGAUAGUGUUAGCCCAGUAGCUUGUCCGCCACCUCUACCGCCUAAGAUGCCACAAAGUGCCCCGCCACGACCCCCCACCAUUCGCACAACACAUCAUUUUGACGAUAACCAAGACGAAACGACACAGGAUAGACCUCAGAGUGUUCUCAGAAGCAAACCAAAGCUCCCCGUAACAUCGGGUCUAGCUAGAAAUGACUCGUUGAGCUCCCUCAGUUUGGACUCUUUUGGGUCAACGGACAGGGAAAUAUUCGAGGAAACGGUCAAAGCUGGACUAUCUAGCGUCAACCCUAGAGCACAGUACUCCCUGGACGUACACAAGGGCAAGGCGCAUUCGGUCGAACGGCCUUCUGAAACAAACAGACACACGCGACACCACAAAUCUUUAGAUAGGAGCGACAAAAUAACACAACACAAACCCAAAGCAAAAGACCCAGAAUUCGAAAGAAACUUAGCAUCAGGGUUGUAUAACAUCAAACAGACCAGUAAAGUUAAACAACUAGAACAAGAAUUAGCAGCAAAUAGAUCACCGUAUUUCGGAGAGAGCUCAGGAUUGUCGCGACAGAGACUUUCCAGGUUCUACGACGACGGACCGCCCAGUUUACCGGCUAGGAUCGAAGACAGGCGGGACAGGAGUAAUUCCUUGAGCUCCCUCAGCAACGAUUCCUUCGGCUCUACCGAUAAGGAGGUCUUCGAAAGAUGUGUCAGGAUGGGAAUGGCAAAGCCCAGCAAGAAACGAGACGACAAACUGCGCGUUCGCAGCGACGAUCGACUCGAAAUCCGCGAAUCCAGGCGCAGAAAGAAGGAGAAGACCCAAGGCGCUCUAGACCGCAUGGUCGGCGAGGAGUACUCGAAAGAUCGCGCGAUACUCGAAGAGGUGAUAGCGCGCGGCGCCGGCGAGCAUAAACCAAACCAAUCCCAAAGCAAUGAAACAAAACAGUCAAAAAACGUUCCGGCGCCGUCUGCGUUUCUCGCGGCCGCAGGCGUGCGCGCAGAUCCCGCGCGAGAAACUGGCUCUGACCGAAGCGACGUCCAGUCGCAGUCUAUCAUAUUCAUCCGACCCAACGAAAUGGCCACCGUCGAUUCUGCUAACACCACACUCGAAUCGGCCGAGGCCGAGAUGAACAGGUCGAACGAGUGUCUCGCUCCCAAAUCUAUCAACACCACGAUAGAAUCGGAGAAGGAUGAACUCAACAGGUCCAACGAGUCGUACGCUGACGUCCUAGACGGGUCGUGGAGCGACGAGUCUCACAGAGAGUACGAUAGCGGCACGCUCACCCGCAAGAAGCACAAGUAUGAAUGGACAGAUAUCAAAUGUGACGUCGACAAAGAAGAAGUUUCCAAGCACGACACGUGGAACGAAAACACGUGCCCCGAUGACGUCACGUUCCCGACUAUAAGCGGCUCGGUGCACCUCGUUUCGUCUAUCAAAAGCGAAUUGGGGGACACGGCGGCGGCCGCUCUGCCCGAUUUGCUGGAGAAGAGCGAAGCGCCAAACAUGUUUUCGCGGCCCGAUUUGACAAAUAAACUCGAUCUUGACAGUGAUGACGCAAAGAGCGAUAAGUUUAUGCUGGAUGACAUCCCAGAACCCAGUUUCACAUCUCUUAUAGAUGACGCUGAACCGAAGUUCGAUUCUCUUAUGGCCUCCGCGAUCGAGAAAGAGGCGGCAAGAUUGGCCGCGCAAUUAAAAAUAACAAUGGAGAAUAGUGUCACAUCACUGACGUCGAUAGAUUUGGACAACGUGAAACCGCCCUCAAAUUUGGGCAGCCUCCUGUCACUGAGCGCGUCUGGGCAGUGGGAGGACACGUCGACUCAGUCCAAAAAGGGUCAAAAAUCUAGGAAAAAGUCGCUGCCAGUUACAUCAAUGGUAAAAAGGGCGCUGAGUAAUUCCCAUCAUCUAGGCAGCUCAGAACACUUAGAUACGCACCCGGUCAGCUUCCUAGAUAACAUCAAGCCGCCAUCAGAAAUGGACAACCUGGAUAUGGAAGGCAGCAUGAUUUCAGUAUCGAGCAUAGUAUCCGAAGUGGCCGAUCCCAAAGAUAAACCAAACAUUGUCUUUGAUUUCAAACAACCGGUGCAAGAUUUCCCUCUCUGCCCAACCUUCACUAAUGUCUUCCACGAUUUAGACAAAGUUAACCCACCGUCCUUAUUUGACGAGAUGGUAGAAUCCACUCUCGAAAUAGAACAGACGACAGCACAGCAAGUGUUCGACGACUGCGAAUCUACUUUGAAUGUAGUGACCGACAUACCGUCCGGUUCGGAGAACUGUACUCCUUUGCCUUCAGACAUUAGCAGCGUCGAAUCGACGCCAAAGAGACAGAGGGACCCGAAAUAUUUAACUCCGAAGGAAAAGCGAAAAGUAUCUAAUAAUAGAUACCAAACUUAUACAAUCAAAGACACCGUAACGGAGAAUGACGUCACGUUAGAGGCUGACGAAUCCGAGGAAUUUCUCACAUGGACCAAAUCGGAAAGCGACAGAUCUGACGAUUAUGUCACGGCGAAUUCUGAAUCACGAUCGAAGAAACGUGUGAGUGCCAAACAGCGACGGCUGGAGGACAGAGCUAGGUACCAAACGCAGACCGUCGACAUUCACAACAUCCUCACACAGGGGCCCUCGCAAUCCCAAGGCGUUGAUCCGCAGAUAGAAAGUUUAAAACGACGCCUGGCAGCGAAGAAGACGAUCAAACAGAAACGUAUCGAAGACGCCGAAAGAUUUAGAACUAGAACACUUAGCGAAGACAUUCCUCCGUCCCCUACUUUUGUAACGAAAGACGCAAAUUUCGAAAACGUCGAAACCACCACAGGUUACGACAGUCUCUCUUCUAAUGAACCGAACCACCAGCAAAUAUUAGACGACAGACACGACGAUGUCUUUCGGGACGCAGAUAGUGGACAUAACGAGGAUGACUUCGAAUUAAACUCGUCGCAAUUGAAAAGUUAUACGAAAACCUUUAGAAACUAUCUUCCCGUUAUAGAAAGCCCGGCGGCGGUAGAUUUGUGCGUUGUCAACAAUUUAAAGAAUAUAGAGAUGACCGCGUCGUUUAAACGCUCCUUGCAAAGUGAAAAGAAUGUUAACCCAAGCACCAGCGACUUCGCGAGUUACGAGGGCGAUAGUAACUCAGAAGAUAAGGCUCAUUCCGAGUCGGAUACAGAAAACAAUUUAAAUCCACCAAAACCGAAAAUAGUUAAGCCUGAAUUCACGAGGGCUCGAAGUUUGGAUUCAAACGAUUCCGGCGAUAAGGAACAAGAGGCUCUGAAGCCCGUCCGGGGUAGGAAGAAAGCUGCUUACGUUUCGCCCUAUCGCAGAAAUCCGCCUCCGCCUAAAAAAGCACCUACCCCUCAAGUUAAAUCCAUUCCUAAAACCACUCCAAAAGCGAGCACGUCCUCUAAAGCAAAUUCAAAUCCCAAAACAGUUAAAACCCCUCCUAAAGCUCCUAGUGCAAAUUCUUCACCUAAAAAGUCAAUUCCUAUUAAACCUCUUACGAAAACUACUCAAAAAGUACUCUCAAUACCUCCCGUGACCAGCAAACCCGUUCCCCUAGUUAGACAAGGGACAUUCACGAAGGAAGAGAGCUCUGUUCCGCCUAAAAAUCUUCCAAUCCCCGAAACCAAGAUAGUUUCCAGUACUCGUGGAGUGACCUCCCCUGUUAAAUCCUUAGCUAAUACGUCCCCUUCACGGCUACCUCAGUUCAGUCGCACGCGACCAUCUACUUCCAAAACCAACCAACCGAAACAAACUAAGACUUCAGUGAAACGUAACGAAAAUACGAUGAAGAACUCUGCGUCCAACCACAGUUUACAGAGCAACGACAGUGGCAAAACUAUCGUCUUAGCCAGGAGUUCUCGACCGGGUAGCACGUCCAGCAUCAACUCCAUCUCAUCUCCCAAACAGAAAGAUGUCGAAAGCAAGAUAGCUAAUCUAUGGAAGAAAGCGGAGCAAACUAGGAAACUACCCUCGAAAACAGACAAGAAAGUUUGGAUCGAAAGCGAUAAAACUGAGACGCCUAAGCUAAUUAGGAGCUCCACAUUCGAGGGCCAACCUAAACAAACAGUGACGACCACAAAGCAAAAAUCUGCGAUAGGUAUCCGAGUGUCUCAGAUACCCAGUCUCAGACCAAAGUCGACACCUGCCGCUAAAACCUCAAGCGUUAAAAAGCCCGCUUUCACUAAAGGAGCGUUGAGAAAGCCUAGCGGACAAGUCACAUCUUGA